CAGUGCAUCUAAUCGAAGAGGUGUAGCCAGCAGUGAAAAAGCACCAAGUGUCUUACUACGUUGCAUACAUUCUGUCACAUUUUUGGAAGACGAGGGUGCGGAUAUGGCAAAAACGUAUGAUUACCUUUUUAAAUUGCUACUUAUCGGCGACAGUGGAGUCGGCAAGACAUGUCUGCUAUUCCGAUUCAGCGAAGAUGCGUUUAACACUACCUUCAUUUCAACAAUAGGUAUUGACUUCAAGAUUAGGACGAUUGAGUUGGAUGAGAAGAAGAUCAAGCUUCAGAUAUGGGACACGGCGGGCCAGGAGAGGUUCAGGACCAUCACCACAGCGUACUACAGGGGAGCCAUGGGCAUCAUGCUUGUGUAUGACAUCACAAAUGAAAAGUCCUUCGAGAACAUCAAAAACUGGAUAAGAAACAUUGAAGAGCAUGCCUCCUCUGAUGUGGAAAGGAUGAUCCUUGGGAACAAGUGUGACAUGAACGACAAGCGGCAGGUCUCUAAAGAGCGAGGAGAAAAGUUAGCAAUCGAUUAUGGGAUCAAGUUUUUAGAAACAAGUGCAAAAUCCAGCCUGAAUGUGGAAGAGUCGUUUUUCACCCUGGGCAGAGACAUCAUGACCAGACUCAACAGAAAGAUGAACGAUAACAAUCCUUCAGGAGGCAGUGGCGGCGGGCCUGUCAAGAUCACACAGAACCGGUCCAAGAGGAGCAGCUUCUUCAGAUGCACACUCCUCUAGUGGAUCUAGCCUCUCUUCUCCGUCAUGGACUGGUACAGCCUUUCUUUGUUUUCCUUGCCUUCAUCAACACAACGUGAAGCACACUCCCCACCCCUCAUCUACCCGUGGCACAGCUCUACCCUCACGAAACCGGGGCUUUACCCCAGGACUACCUCCUCUCCCGGCUCGGCUGCUCCCGGUUGCUGAGGAACUGGCCUUUCUGUAAGUCACAGAGGAAAUCCAAAACAAGUGUUAAAACAUAAUAGAACCAAACACACCGUGAAGAGAAGACUCAUGCCCUUGAACGGUUAUCUAAACCUUUUCAUUUGACUUUUUAUUUUAUUUCUUGGUCUGCAUUUUGUGAUUUACAGCCUUGCCUUAGACCGCUGAGCCACUUGGGAAUCCAUUGCACCCUAUUAACUGUGUAGUGUGCUAGUUUUGACUGAAGCCCAAUGCUGGCCGUGGUUAAAAGGAGUGCUCUACACUAGAAAUAGGGUGCCAUUUCAGACGCCAUGUCUCUCUCGACCCCUGUGAUCGACAGUUGAACCUGAUCUUCUGUGACUUCUAAUACCACUGGAAACUCUAUGUUUGCGAGCUUUGUUAUUUAGCUGAGCUGCCUUUUAACUUUUUUGCACAGCUAACUUUUAUUUUUGCCAUUGCCAACUGUCUAACUGCCUCUCAGCCUUCAUCUUUCUGCGAGACAUGAAGGUUUGCCUGAGUGGGUUUGCUCAUUCUGCUUCCACAGGACAUAAUAGGAAGUUGUCAUGGUCACUUGCUUACAUUUACUAAAGAGUCCUGAAUGAGCAUGAUGCGAAGAAGUGAAACCUGUGCUGAGAAAAUGGUCCUGGACUGCAAAUGCUGCCUAGCGAAAAGAGAAACAUAACUUUGGUUUAACUUUUUACCAAAUCUGAUUGCAUUCUUAUAGUGGUGUUUGUUUCACAAAUUUUUUUUUUUACAGCUACAUCACAUUUACAGCCACAUCAACAAUAUCUCAGUAAAUGGUGCUUUAGGUGACCCUGAGCACCCUGAUCCAGAACCACCCUUUAGGGCUUUACUCAAUUUGAAAUAAUAAAGGACUAGAUUCUCACAUUAUCUGAAAUAUAAUUCACAGAGUAAUGCACUUAGUAGGAUGUUUGUCUAGUUUAAUUUGGUUUAGGCAUUUUAGUAAGUCUAAUCAAAAUGUAAGCAAGCCUAAUCAAAAUGUGAGUGAAUAGUAAGGUAUUGAAUGAUUCUUUAUUGCACUGUACUAGAGCAGCAUCUAUUGGCUGAAAUAGUAUGAGUCAUAAUCCUCAUUAAAACCUAGCAGCACUUUGCUUUGUUCCACCAUUCAUUCCCUCCAUAGGGUUUUUUUUGAUUCACCUCAGAUUGUCUUUCCUAUAGGCUCAACCACGUCUCAGUUAACACAUUUGCAUUGAUUCGCUCUACAAAAACAACUGAGAAAAGUCACCUUUUCCUAGAGAUAUUUACAUGAUUAUCAGAACACUGAGGCGGUGUAAGCCCACAUGAAACCCAGAUGUAUAGUAGAUUAAAAAAAAAUCCUUUAUGGAGGAAAUGAAUGGUGAAAUAGUUCAAGUUUAUUAAAUUAACCCACAGAGCUUUUAUGUUGUUUUUUUUUACAGGAUGACUCUUUCAGUUUAUACAACAUGUAGUUUGAGGUAGCCUAGCAGGUAGCCUAGCAGGUAGCCUAGCAGGUAGCCUAGCAGGUAGCCUAGCAGGUAAGAGCGUUGGGCCAGUAACCUGUAGGGUAUAUCCCAGAGCCGACAAAAUGAGUUGGCUAACCCACAUUGCUCCAUAUUCACCCUGAUUAAUGGUUGUGACCCCACUCUCAGGAAGAGUGGCACUGCAACAGAAAUCUGAUACAGAAAUUAUUAUUAUGUAAAAUAUUGGAGAAAAAUAAUGAAAUACAUUAUGAAUAGAAGCAGCCACCUUAAUAUUAUAAAAGUCUUUGCUAUUAUUCUAUAAUGUGCAAUACUACAAAUGAUACAGUCUUCCCUGGCCUGGCCAAUCAGACUCCAAUUUAAAACUACUGAGUAACGUCUACUCAACUGUUUCUCUGCUUUAUUCAUUUUUGAAGGCUUGAAUGUUGUUGCGGAUGUUGUUCUGUGUUUAUGGUUUUUUAAAUGACCUUCUUCCUUUCACUUAAAAAAGCCUUGUCCUUUAGUUUUCUGUUUUGAGUUGACUGUUUUUUUUUUCUGGAAACAAACUGCCGACCAUUGUAGCAGAAAGUCAUACAAGUGCUUUGGAAAACUAGCUGCACAACGAGCAAAAACGUGUUUUGUGUUCUGUAUUUCUGUGUGUUUAUGCCCAUUUUGUUCUGGUUACUAGUAAUAUUAUUAUAUUUUUGUAUGGUAUCGCUAUAACACAUUGGACUUGAGUUACUCUGAAAAUCCUUGUGAAACCAUAGGUAGCCUUUUCACUGCAUGCUUAUAUUUGACAUGCCUAUACUAUACUAUUGCAAAAACAUAUUGUAUGUUAAUGCCUUUUUUACAGUUCAUAUUAAUAUGACUAUAUAUGGUUGCUGAGUUGAUAAAUCUACCAUUUGUUUUUUUCUCUCAAAUGUUUGUGUUAAAUAAUUGUGUUUACAAAACUACUGCAGCAGUAUUACUCUGAUCUCCAGCUGCACUUUAUCUUUUCUGUGUGUGUGUGUGUGCGCGCGCGCUUGCACGCUAGUUCGUGUAAUGGGCAUGUGUGUCUGUGCCUUUGAUUGUUUGUUCUGGUUAAAGGUGCUUCUUACAAAUGCAUAUCUCAUGUGAAGUGUCAGCAGUAAAUGCCUGUGUAUAUUGAAGGUAUGUUGAUGUUUGUACCACUCCAUAUAAAGAUUGUAAUGACUGCAUUCCAGAGAAAGAAACUCCAUUCCAUUUUCAACAUGUGUGUAAAGGCCACGAUUGUUAUAACUGAUAAAAUGUUAACCUCCUGAGUAUUCAAAAUCAAGCCAUUGUAAUUUUAAAAUGAAGAAUCAUUUUAGUUGAAAUGAGUAUAGCGUAAUUUGUGUUUUUCCCAGGUGAUUGGGGGCAGAGACUGACGACAUAAUGACCACACUUGUUUGCCCAGCCAUGUGUGACUGCUUGAGUUGCACGUAGUUGAUAUGUUUGAUAGAUCUGUUCUCAUCAUGCAGUGAUUGUGAUUAACAUACAUUUUCAUGCAACCAUUAUGUAGCAUACAGAUGUAUGUAAAUGCAUAUCUAUGCAGACAUACAGUAGGACACUCUGUCACAUUGUUGUAACAAUGAAAGUGCUCUUCCAUUGGCUUUGGCAUUCUUUCACAACUCUCUAAACAACGUGUUUGAUUAGGCUUUUCUCCUUAUCAACAUAGUUUCUAUGAACUGCUUGUCUUCCACAAGCCUACUUUGGUCUACUGUAACAUAGCAUAUUGAUCUGAUAAACAGUGUGAACUGAUAUUGUAUAAAGAUUAAAUCACUUUUGUUUUGUAA